GAAUACGAGAUGUUCUUCAGCAAGCACAACAGAUCGGGAUGAUGUCGGACUACCAUAGCUAUCUCAUCACUUCUCUGGACUUGCAUAGCGUUGACCUAGAAGAAUUCAAAUACGGUGGCACUAAUAUAACCUCACUAAGGUUGCUAGACCCUGAAAGAGCUGACGUCCAAAGAGUAGUGAGAGAUUGGGUCUAUGAUGAAAGCAAGAAAGGAAGGAAAUUGCAACUGGGACAUACCUCUGCUAAGGUAUAUUUAAAGGAAAACAUGACCUUUAUAAAGACCGAAACUGCGUUAAUGUACGACGCCGUGCAUUUAUUCGCAAAAGCUUUACACGACCUGGACACGUCACAGCAGAUUGACGUGCGGCCUCUGUCUUGCGAGGCCGAAGACACAUGGCCUCAUGGGUAUAGCCUCAUCAAUUAUAUGAAGAUCGUAGAGAUGAAGGGAUUAACCGGAGUUAUAAAGUUUGACCAUCAAGGAUUCAGGAGCGACUUCACCCUCGACAUAAUAGAACUCACAAGGGACGGCCUCCAGAAAGCCGGUAUUUGGAACUCAUCGGAAGGCGUGAACUACACUCGAUCUUACGGUGAAAAUCAGAAGCAGAUUGUCGAGAUAUUGCAAAACAAAACAUUAAUAGUGACGACAAUUUUGAGUGCUCCAUAUUGUAUGCGGAAGGAAGCAAGCGAGAAGUUGACAGGAAAUGCGCAAUUCGAAGGGUACGCCAUCGAUCUCAUUCAUGAGAUAUCUAAAAUUCUGGGCUUCAAUUACACAUUCAAGCUCGCGCCUGACGGCAGAUACGGCUCCUUCAAUCGGGAAACUAAAGAAUGGGAUGGCAUGAUAAGAGAAUUGUUAGAACAACGUGCUGACGUAGCCAUUGCGGAUUUAACCAUUACAUACGACAGGGAGCAAGUGGUCGACUUCACAAUGCCUUUCAUGAACCUCGGAAUUUCGGUACUCUACCGCAAACCUAUAAAACAACCGCCGAACCUGUUUUCGUUUCUCUCGCCAUUGUCUCUGGACGUCUGGAUUUAUAUGGCCACCGCAUAUUUGGGCGUUUCAGUGCUUCUAUUUAUUUUGGCCAGGUUCAGCCCGUACGAGUGGGACAGCCCGAGGAACUGUCUUGACGAGCCGCAGGUGCUGGAGAAUCAAUUCACUCUGUUGAACUCGCUGUGGUUCACUAUCGGCUCCUUGAUGCAGCAAGGUUCGGAUAUCGCACCGAAAGCGGUUUCAACGAGAAUGGUGGCGGGAAUGUGGUGGUUCUUCACUUUGAUCAUGAUAUCAUCGUAUACCGCGAAUUUGGCCGCAUUUCUUACCGUCGAGCGCAUGGACUCGCCUAUUGAGAGCGCGGAAGAUCUCGCAAAACAGACAAAAAUCAAGUAUGGCGCUUUGAAAGGAGGCUCCACCGCUGCUUUCUUCAGGGACUCAAACUUCUCGACUUACCAGCGCAUGUGGUCGUUCAUGGAGUCUGCGAGGCCGUCUGUAUUCGCGACUAGUAACAAAGAGGAGGAGCGCGUGAUGCGAGGCAAGGGCGCGUACGCGUACCUCAUGGAAUCAACAACUAUCGAAUAUGUGGUCGAGCGGAAUUGCGACCUCACGCAAGUCGGAGGCAUGCUCGACUCUAAAGGCUACGGGAUCGCGAUGCCGCCUAAUUCCCCAUACCGAACUGCUAUCAGUGGUGCUGUUUUAAAACUACAAGAGGAAGGAAAAUUGCAUAUUUUGAAAACGAAAUGGUGGAAAGAGAAAAGAGGCGGAGGAUCCUGUAGGGACGAGACAUCAAAAUCGUCGUCGACAGCAAACGAGCUGGGUCUCGCCAACGUCGGCGGCGUAUUCGUAGUGCUGAUGGGAGGGAUGGGUGUGGCGUGUGUCAUUGCUGUCUGCGAGUUUGUGUGGAAGAGUCGCAAAGUCGCUGUGGAUGAACGGAAAGAAGAGGCUUCCCUGUGUUCGGAAAUGGCCUCGGAGCUGCGUUCGGCGCUCAAGUGUCCGGGCGGCGCGGCGGGGGGCAACUCCUCAGGCCCCAGGGACGGGGCUUCCUCGCCGUACUUGCACUAUGGCUUCAGCACCAAGAGCCAGCUUCACUAGCGGCCAACGUCCGCCUCCUCGUCUCCGAGCGAUGUGUAGGCGAUUAUGGACUUGCGAGAGUGAUUGUGACCACUUGAUGAGCUAGCACUGAAGUAUGGGCCAAUUCUACGCUGAUAUCGUUAGGACAUCUGGAAGAUAUUAGACCCGUAGCUAUACAGCUAGGGCGUUUUCCAAUAUAAAACUUGAAUAUCGAAUUUCACCAGUUCUGGAAGUGUCUGGGCUCAUUCUUCUCAGAAUCACAAGCUG